GAGAGAGGCUGGAUUUAAAACCCGCCCUCCACAGGGAUCUCGUUUCCCCCCCAAAAAAAACCUCCCAUUUUCUCUCUCUCUCUCUCUCUCUCUCUCUCUUUCUCUCUCUUUCUCUCUCUCACUCUUCUGUCUCUCUUCCUUUACCUUUUAUCCCUUGCCUUUCUCCGUUUCCCCCACCACAAUAAUGGAUCUCACGGCGAGAUGUUUGUGUCUGCUAUCCUGCUGUCUCGGCGUGAUAUUGGCGAUCGAUUUGGAGGCGAUUGAUCCGGGCUACUAUGUGGACUCCAGUGCCACAUCAGAGGCGAUCGACUAUAAGGAUCCCUGUAAAGCUGUUGCCUUUCUGGGAGACAUCGCCCUUGAUGAGGAGGACAUGCGGAUGUUUAAAGUGGAAAGAAUAAUCGAUUUGGCUCAGAGAACCGUCCAGCUUGUUAAUCGCACAGACGCAGGAUCAACCAAUCAGAGUAGCCAAAAUAGGCAAGGUUCACGCCGCAGGAAAAGGGCUGCCACCUCCAGACCCGAACGUGUUUGGCCCGAAGGUGUUAUUCCCUAUGUCAUCAGUGGAAACUUUAGUGGCAGCCAGCGGGCGAUAUUCCGCCAAGCCAUGCGGCACUGGGAGAAGCACACCUGUGUGACUUUUAUAGAGAGGACACAGGAGGAGAGCUAUAUUGUCUUCACCUACCGACCAUGUGGGUGCUGCUCCUAUGUGGGUCGCCGUGGAGGGGGCCCUCAGGCCAUAUCCAUCGGGAAGAAUUGUGACAAGUUUGGCAUCGUGGUGCACGAGUUGGGUCACGUGAUUGGAUUCUGGCACGAACACACGCGGCCUGACCGAGACGAGCACGUCAGCAUUAUCAGGGACAACAUUCAGCCAGGACAAGAGUAUAACUUCUUGAAGAUGGAGCCGGGGGAGGUGGACUCUCUGGGAGAGGUCUAUGACUUCGACAGUAUCAUGCACUAUGCCAGGAAUACAUUUUCCAGAGGCAUCUUUCUGGACACCAUCCUGCCACGCUACGAUGUGAACGGAGUGCGACCACCCAUUGGCCAGAGAACCCGACUGAGCAAAGGGGAUAUCGCACAGGCACGCAAACUCUACAAAUGCUCCAGAUGUGGGGACAGUCUGCAGGACAGCAGCGGGAACUUCUCCUCUCCCGGCUUCCCCAACGGAUACUCGGCCUACAUGCACUGCAUCUGGAGAAUAUCAGUCACACCGGGGGAAAAGAUCAUCCUGAACUUCACCUCCAUGGAUCUGUACAGGAGCCACCUGUGUUGGUACGACCACGUGGAAAUCCGAGAUGGGUACUGGAGGAAGGCGCCUCUAAAAGGUCGUUUCUGUGGCGACAAGCUGCCUGAGCCAAUUAUCUCCACCGACAGCCGACUGUGGAUCGAGUUCCGUAGCAGCAGCAACUGGGUGGGAAAAGGUUUCUCCGCCGUUUAUGAGGCCAUCUGUGGUGGGGAGGUGAAGAAAGACAAUGGCCAGAUCCAGUCCCCCAACUACCCUGAUGACUACAGGCCCAACAAAGUGUGCGUGUGGAAGAUUACUGUAGCUCAGGGCUACCACGUAGGCCUUACCUUCCAGUCUUUUGAGAUUGAGAGACAUGACAGUUGUGCCUAUGACUACCUGGAGGUGCGCGAUGGAAACUCUGAAAACAGUCCCCUACUGGGCCGCUUCUGUGGCUACGACAAGCCAGAUGACAUCAAAACCAGCUCCAACCAGCUGUGGAUGAAAUUUGUUUCAGAUGGCUCCGUCAACAAGGCCGGCUUUGCUGCCAACUUCUUCAAAGAGAUGGAUGAGUGCUCCAAGCCGGACAACGGUCGCUGUGAGCAACGCUGUGUCAACACACUAGGCAGCUACAAGUGUGCCUGUGACCCGGGCUAUGAGCUGGCCGCUGACAAGCGCAGCUGCGAGGCUGCCUGUGGAGGCUUCAUCACCAAGCUGAAUGGGUCAAUCACCAGCCCGGGUUGGCCCAGAGAGUACCCCCCAAACAAGAACUGCAUCUGGCAGCUGGUCGCCCCCACGCAAUACCGCAUCACUCUGCUCUUUGACGUCUUCGAGACUGAGGGCAAUGACGUGAGCACUGGGGUUAUUUUGAAUCGGCGCGGGGUUUGUAAGUACGACUACGUGGAGGUGCGCAGCGGGCUGUCGGCAGACUCAAGGCUACAUGGGAAGUUCUGCGGGGCAGAGAAACCUGAAGCUAUUACCUCCCAGUACAACAACAUGCGCAUUGAGUUCAAAUCAGACAAUACGGUGUCCAAAAAGGGCUUUAAAGCACAGUUCUUCUCAGACAAAGAUGAGUGCUCUAAGGAGAACGGUGGCUGUCAACACGAGUGUGUCAACACCUUUGGGAGCUACAGCUGUCAGUGCAGGAGUGGCUUUGUGCUGCAUGAGAACAAACAUGACUGUAAAGAAGCUGGCUGUGAUCACACUGUGAAUAGCGUGAGCGGCGUCAUCACCAGCCCCAAUUGGCCGGAUAAAUACCCCAGCAAGAAGGCAUGCACCUGGGCACUCACCACGACUCCGGGCCACCGCAUCAAAAUCGCCUUCAAUGAGAUCGACAUGGAGCCCCACCUGGAGUGUGCUUAUGACCACAUUGAGAUUUACGACGGGCGAGAUGGGAAAGCUCCGACCCUGGGUCGCUUCUGUGGCACCAAGGAGCCCGAAGCCAUCACGUCUACUGCAAACAAGCUGUUCAUUCGCUUCUUCUCUGAUAACUCUGUGCAGAAAAAAGGCUUCGAGGCUUCCCAUACUGCAGAGUGUGGAGGUCGCCUAAAGGCUGAGGUCAAAACAAAGGACCUCUUCUCCCAUGCCCAGUUCGGGGACAAUAACUACCCCGGAGCAUCCGACUGCCAGUGGGUGAUCUCGGCGGAGAAAGGCUACGGCGUGGAGCUCAUCUUCCAGACCUUUGAGAUUGAGGAGGAGGCAGACUGCGGCUAUGACUACAUGGAGCUCUUCGAUGGAGCGGACACCAAGUCCCCACGGCUGGGACGUUACUGUGGCUCAGGGCCUCCAGAGGAGAUCUACUCGGCCGGUGACUCCAUUGUGAUCAAGUUCCGCUCUGACGAUACAAUCAACAAAAAAGGAUUCCACGUCCGCUACACCAGCACCAAGUUCCAGGACACACUGCACUCACGCAAGUGACCAGCGGGGGCCGGAAGGGGCCGUGCGGGGCAAAGGGGCAAACGGAGGGGCCCCCAGGGGAGGCGCCAGCCUGACGCUCGGAAACCUUCGGCCACCAAGAUGAAUCAGACACGACAGAACAGCCGCAAGACCACCAACCGCACCUCAGCUCCUAGGGGCUCUAGCUCCCCCCACAGACUGUGAGGAGUAAAGCCAUUCUGCAGUACACCAUGUUUUUACCUUUUUAUGGUUAGGAUUUGGGUGGGAAGAUGAACGUCCGCAUUAGGCGUACAGUAGGGGAAAAUUUAUUGACCCAGACCCCAUCCAGAUAUUUUUUUGUUUGUUUCUCCGUUUUUUUUUUAAUCAUGCCUCUUUAUGAGAGGCACAAAGGAAAACAGUGGAUUCUCAGGACCUGUAGGAAGGCAGGCAUCAGCUGGACAGAUCCCUGCUUUUGUCGGGCCAGCCCACCACAUCCAGGGGGAGGAGAGGAAGAGGGGGAGGAGUAUGGGAAGGUCUCCCUGCACUCCUCAAUAAUUCCUCUCCUCUCUACACACUCAACCCUUUGGUUCAAGGAUUCCUAUCUGUAAAAGGAUUAGAAGGACUUGACUUAAGAUUUUUGAUACUGUAUGUCAGUCAAUUGCAUGUAAUUACAAGGAAAGAAGGAAAACUGUACAGUGACAACACCAGCAUUUGUAAUUGGCAUUGUCCUGGCAACCAGUGGCAAGAUUCUCGUUGUUACCAUUAACAAGGAAAUUAAGGAAGCAGUUAUCUUAUUAAAGGACUAAUACAUGAAUUAUGGUCCAUGUCUUCUGGUUGGUAAUUGCUUGCCUGAUGACUUGCUAUUACUGUACCUCCAUGUAUAAAGUAAUGUGUAUGAUCUUUCAAAGGGAACAUGUGCUUUUCUCAGCUCGAACCAGUUAGCACUUUACAGUGAAUUGUUCCAAAAUCAUGAGCUUAUGAAUUUUUGUGAAAUGCAAUGCCAGUUCACUUAUUUUUAAAUGCAUUUUAUCUCUUAUGCUUCAUUGUUUUUUUUUCUAAUUGCUCCAUUUAGUUCCUCAGGCAUACUUGAACAUUGUGUGUGCCCUGUAACAUGGGGUAAUAAAGAUGACUUAUGUUUCAGUGUUGAUUUACAGUUCUGAUGUAAAAUAAUUUCUCUCCAGAGAAAAUGCCUUUUCUUGGUACAAUGAAGUAUUUCACAAGAACCAAAUGAGCCUGGGUAUUUAUUGUUAUAGUAAUUGCAUAUAUAAUGUAAAGGUACUGUUGAAAUUAGCCCUAUAAUUGCCUUCUAAUGUAUAGCCAUUGGUCUAUGUUGAAUAUACUAUGUUGCUCACUCA